AUGUCCAAACGCUCACGCAGCACAUCCCCAUCUCCAUCACCCUCACCAUCACCACACUCCUCACCCUCUUCUUCCCUAUCAAACCGUCCCAAAAUCCCCUCCCUAGAUCCCACAGCCACCACCACCCCCAAUCAAGAAGUCAUGCAUUGCUCCCUACCGCCCCAUCGGGAAACAAUAUCGUUUACUUCCUACGAAGACUACGAGGUGCAUUACCGCCAGGCGCACGUCAAUCGGUGUUCGCAGUGCGGGAAGAAUUUCCCGACGGAGAGGUUUCUGAAUCUCCAUAUUGAAGAGAACCAUGAUGCGUUAGUGGCGACAAGGAGGGAGAGGGGGGAGAAAACUUAUGCAUGCUUCGUCGAAGACUGCGAACGCGUAUGCUCUACGCCCCAGAAACGCAGAAUGCAUUUGAUUGAUAAGCAUAUGUUUCAUAAGACAUACAAUUUCUACAUUGUAAACGACGGCAUCGACAAACAGACCUCUUUACUAAGAACGCCGCAUGAUCAUCGUCGGCGGUUAUCAUCAGCUGCCCCUGGUCCUACUUCACCGAAGGAAGGGCGGUUAAGGUAUCGCCAGACUUCCAUAUCCCAGGCUGAUUCUGGUGCGAGUGCUCAGAAAGGCCCCCAAGCUACUACCCGACAAGAUGCCGCUGCCGCUCCUGCUGGUGAUGAGGGGAUUGCGGAGCUGGAGAGGUCUAUGUCCGCGUUGCGGUUUGUUCCGGCUAGUGUGGUGAGGAGUCGGGGGAAGCAGAAGUCUUGA